UGUCCACCCACAUGACAGCCGGAGCGAUGGCCGGGAUCCUGGAGCACUCGGUCAUGUACCCGGUGGACUCGGUGAAGCUACUUACUGCCUUGGUUCGGGGACCUGGAUGUCUCCUCUUCCUUGAGAUCCCAGACUGCCCAAGUUAAAAAAUGUAGGCUCCGAGUGGGCAGGGAUGUAUGCUCUUCUGGUCACCACUGUAUUCCCAUUGCCAGACACAGUAGAUGCUCAAGACAGGGUCUUGCUUUGUCGCCUAGGCUGGAGUGCAGUGUUGAGAUCAUAGUUUACUGCAGCCUCGAACUCCUGGGUAUGAGGAAUCCUCCCUCCUCAGCCUCCUGAGUAGCUGGGAUUACAGAGAAGCCCAGCCUCCUCCCAGGUGGGAACUUGCACUGUUGAACUAAGGCCCAGAGGAGGGUGGAAACAGGAGGAAGGAAGGCUCAGCGGUCACAUCAGAGGCAUUUCUGCUCAUCAUUGGCUCACAAGAGGUGGCAGUAGUGGUUGGUGGAGCAGUGGCCAGACCCUACAACCCACGAGUUAUUGCAAAGCUGGGCUUCUACCAGAAACACGAAUGCAGAGUUUGAGUCCAGAUCCCAAAGCCCAGUACACAAGUAUCUACGGAGCCCUCAAGAAAAUCAUGCGGACUGAAGGCUUCUGGAGGCCCUUGCGGGGCGUCAACGUCAUGAUCAUGGGUGCAGGGCCAGCCCACGCCAUGUAUUUUGCCUGCUAUGAAAACAUGAAAAGGACUUUAAAUGACGUUUUCCACCACCAAGGAAACAGCCACCUAGCCAACGGGAUAGCUGGGAGUAUGGCCACCCUGCUCCACGAUGCGGUAAUGAAUCCAGCAGAAGUGGUGAAGCAGCGCUUGCAGAUGUACAACUCGCAGCACCGGUCAGCUCUCAGCUGCAUCCGGACGGUGUGGAGGACCGAGGGGUUAGGGGCGUUCUACCGGAGCUACACCACGCAGCUGACCAUGAACAUCCCCUUCCAGUCCAUCCACUUCAUCACCUACGAGUUCCUGCAGGAGCAGGUCAACCCCCACCGGACCUACAACCCGCAGUCCCACAUCAUCUCAGGCGGGCUGGCCGGGGCCCUCGCCGCGGCCGCCACGACCCCCCUGGACGUCUGUAAGACCCUUCUCAACACUCAGGAGAACGUGGCCCUGUCGCUGGCCAACAUCAGCGGCCGGCUGUCGGGUAUGGCCAAUGCCUUCCGAACGGUGUACCAGCUCAACGGCCUGGCCGGCUACUUCAAAGGCAUCCAGGCGCGUGUCAUCUACCAGAUGCCCUCCACCGCCAUUUCUUGGUCUGUCUAUGAGUUCUUCAAGUACUUCCUCACCAAGCGCCAGCUGGAAAAUCGAGCUCCAUACUAAAGGAACAGGCUGUGGGAAGGGAUCAUAGAAUCUUAAAGUCAUUCUCUGCCUGCAUCCAGCCCCUUGCCCUCUCCUCACACCUAGAUCAUUUUUUUUUUGCAGGGUGCUGCCUAUGGGCCCUCUGCUCCCCAAUGCCUUAGAGAGAGGAGGGGAUGGGACGGCUGCUCACCAGAAGGCUGUCUGCAGGGGCAUCCGAGGUGGUGGUGGACAGGAAAGACUUGGGAAGGGGAGCGAGAAAUUGCUUUUUCUCUUCCUCCCUGGGCAGAAUGUAGCUUUUCUGCUUCACUGUGGCAGCCUCUUUCCUGGAUCUUUAGAUCCCAGAGGAGGGAAGAAAAUUUGCAGUGACUGAAAACAGUAAACAAAUUUUUUAUGUAUAUAAAAGUUCCAUUACACAGUACAAAAUAGAUGGAUAAUGUUUAUCCUUUAUUUUUCUACGUAGAAGUUUUUGAAUUUGUGUGUGUGCUUGUGCGUGUCUACACCUAGUAUUACGGCUGGGACUCUCCAGCUAUUUUUGUUGUUAUGUUUUUAAAUAAGAGGAUUGAAUUCUUCCAUCAGGUGAACGAAAAAGGCACCAAAGUAAUCACUGAAUGUGGCCUGCGGCUGUGUUUAGCCCCCCAGAUGGAAGUUUCACUUGAAUGUAAAAUAAUAAAGUUUAUAUUUUGAAUUUCUCUUUUCAUGGGGGAAAAAAGGUACGUUAAAAAAAAUCAAAAUAAUGAUAUGUCACUUGCAGCUACCCUUUUUUUUUCUUUUAAAUUCAAUCAGCCACCUUCAUGUGCCUUUUUCCUUUGUCUUUCCCCAAAAUUCCAGGACCAGAGAUCUGGCCCUGGCCUAUUUUCUCUUGCUGUGUACACACACGCACACAUGCCAGGUGGCAGGAUCUCGCACGCUGGAGGGUGGUGGAGCCCAGCAGAAUUGGGGUGACUGGGCAUAAACCUGCUGAGACCGCUUCCUCCCCUGGUUGUGAGUGAUGUGAAUGCCUGCCUUCCCAGGUCAGCACUUAGAAGCCCUUGAUAGGCAGCAUUUGGCGACUUGUGGGGCAGGUGUUUGGGAUAAAUCCUACCUUCAUCCUAGGACUUGUUUCUGCAUCAGCCUUUUAACUCAGGCACUUCAGGUAACGUGAUCUAUGUGUGUUUUGACUGAAUCUCAUCUCCCGUGUUUCCCUGUGCAGUCUAGGGAAGCAUGUCUCCGGUCUUUGUCUGUCCCCCUGUCUUGUCCCAACCAUUAAUUCUCAUGUCACAGCUUCUCACUGCAUGUGACAAGAGCUAGUCCUGUCUGCUAGGGCCCUGCGGCUGAGGUCUGACCUGGACCGUCAUGCCCGAGUCGGAAGACCCCUCUCCAGAAGCCAUUUUGCAUCCUUGUCUGCUCUGCGUCACCCGAGAACACAGGCUUCGCAGCCUCGCUUUCUGAAAUGGUGUGUGCCGAGUCAGAUUGCCGCUCAGAGAAAAUACAAGCCCGUUUUCCCUAGCUGCGCCAUUUGGUGCUCUGCCAGGCUGCCGUGCAAGGGAAUACCGAUGAGACGAGCUGCACUGUCUCUGAUUUGGAGCCCUCACCGGAGCUUGUCUUUAAAAAUGAGCAGGAAGCUCAUGUGUGUUUGCAUUUCAGUGAGCCGGGUCCUGACCUGCCGCCACCCAGCACGGUCAGUGUGGUGCAUCUCACCGAGGAGGCGCAGGCCUGGAUUCUUUUGAGUGGUGCUACUGCCUAGGAAGUAACACGUGGAGAAUUUCCGUCUUGGGACCAUGCACACAGUGCCUUGGGGGGUAGAUUUUGCCCUAAUAGCGAUGAGGAAUUUUAUCAGUCAGUUGACUUCCUUUUUCAGAUCAGGAAUGGGAAAGAGCCAAACUGGGUACCUCCCACGUGUGCCCCGUGAACAGCCCCUUGCAGCUGGGCUAUGGGGCUUGGCUGCUGCCCUGUCCCAUCUGGGGGUUAACACCUCCUCCCUGCUCUGCUCCCCACUCCCCAAAACCAGUCGCGGCCUCAACCCGCAUGGGGAUGUAGAAAGCCGUAAAGUCCACGCUGCUGUUGAAAAUGUUCGCAUCUCCGCUCUCAACCUGCCUUGGGUUCUUGUUAAAUGGUGUUAAAUUCUGAAAAUGGAGGGGAAAAAUCAAACUCUAAAUUUCAAAGUAGAAUUUAAAGCAAAUUUGUAAAAAAAUUAUCCUACCACCCCUUUUGGUCCACUUAAGAUAUGCCACGCUGAAGCAAGGUAUUUCCUACUGGAUUUUGCUUUCACUGGUGUUUAGAAAAUAAACUUGAUUUCUCUAGGAGCACUCCUUUGGUUAGGGGGAUGCAAGAAGGAGAGGUGAAGGUGGGGUGCGGUGGCUCACGCCUGUAAUCCCAGCACUUUGGGGAGGCCAAGGCAGGCGGAUCACUUGAGGCCAGCAGUUUGAGACCAGCCUGGCCAACAUGAUGAAACCCCAUCUCUACUAAAAAUACAAAAAAUUAGCUGGGUGUGGUGGCAGGCACCUGUAAUCCCAGUUACUUGGGAGGCUGAGGCAGGAGAAUUGCUUGAACCCAGGAGGUGGAGGUUGCAGUGAGCUGAGAUUGUGCCACUGUACUUCAGCCUGGGCGACAGAGUGACUGUCUCAAAAAAAAAAAAAAGGCAAACACCAGACCCUGGAGCCCUAUGGGCCCUGAUUGCAGGCCCCUCCCUGUAUGAUUGAGGGAUGAGUCAGCUCGGGGAGCCACUUGGCCAGCCUGCAUGCCUGGUCAUCAGGAGGUUGAGGAAAGCCUUGAAAGUUGUGAAGCACUGAGCAGAUACAAGUGUUUGUUAAUUUUGUAGAAAUUAACUUUCCCCUCUGGCCUUUAUCUCCAAAGUUGGUAUUGUUGCCCCGUGCAGACUGCAGUCUGGUUUCUUAUUGUGACUUUGACAUUGCAAAGUGCGAAAUAGAGGCCUCCCCACCCUGCUAUCCCACCCUGGUGACCAACUCGGUAUAACCGUUGGACAUACUCAGUCAUUGGUGUCUUCGGAGUGACAUCUGCAGCCAGCCAGUGCCACCUGAGUAUAGCACUCGUACUUUUACGUGGUGUGUGUGUGUGAGUAGCUCUUCUGCCCAAACCAUGAUUUGAGGUUCAACUACCUGUAGAUCAAAGCUUUAUUUUAGAAUGAUAAACUGAUUUUUUCCAAAUGGGUGAAAUCUUCUCCCCAUGACUAUGUUUUCUUAACUUUGCAUUGAAUCUAUUUACUGGGUUACAUUCUACGUGUAGUUUGCUUUCUUCAUUUUGUUUUUCUUUUAAAAUGCGCAUGUCUUAUUCCAAGCACCUUCCUCCAAAGUCCCCAUAAAGCUGCAUCUCCAACACAUUGUUAUGCCAAUAAGGUUUUAUUUAACUUUAUUUAAGGAUGAUUGUGUCUUUGAAUGACAAAUGUACUGCUGCUUCCUACCUGCAAGACGCACAAUGUAUGUUUUAAGGGUGAGCAAGUGUUAUCUCUUAAAUUUCUCAAAUGCCCGUAGUAACUAUUGUUUCUGCCUCUCAAUUGUUGCCAGCUCUUUGAAGAAGGGGAGAAUUGUGUGUUUUUGUGUGGGGAUGUUUCUGAUAUGCUGCUACAGUUGCAACACUGGAGCUAGAGAAAAUAAAGUACUGAUCUUCGAA